AUGCCAUCGCACCCUGCAAAACGAAGAAACUCUUUCCUCUCGCCACAACAAGAACCCUCGGUCAAGAAAGCUGCACUCCUCACUCACCAGUCGUGGGAGGAGGAAUUCUUUGAUGACACUGAUAUUCCCAGCGACACAUACAGAGCUUGGGUUUCUGAUGAUGAGGAAACUCCUCUCCGCUUUCAAUCUACGUUGAGGUUAAUCCGUCCCUUGAAUGAUCCGCCACUAGGCGCAUCGGCCCAAGUAUGGCUUGCGGUGUCGGAUCUUGGGGCAUUUGCCGUCAAACUGUUUACCCCGUAUACCGAUGAAGACGCGGCAGCACAAGCAGAACGCCUGCCAUACCCGAAGCCCAGCAUACAAAAAGUUCUGCAUGAUUGCCAUCCGUUCGUGUUAGAGACGAGGGCUUACGAACGCAUCCGCAAGUCCUGUCUGCCUUCUCAGCGAUUCUUUUUCCUGCGGUAUUAUGGAAUAGUCGACAGCCCUCUUCUUCCACCUCCAUACCAGCGGCGAGCCCGGCCUUGGGUUCGCGAAGGCAUUGUGCUGGAGUACUUGACACCUGGGCAACGAAGCGGACGGCUAUAUGCGGAUAAUCGUUCCGAUCGUGCACGAACGUAUCUCGAGUCGCUACAGGCUGAGUUUGUGUGUCUCGACCUCUCAAAAAUUGAGAAGAGGUGGUAUCUCAGCGUCCUAGGUGAUCGAAUUCGGAUGAUAACGGCUUUAAAUGGACUUGGAAUAUCUCAUGGCGACGUCAAGCCCGACUGUUUUGGUCUGCCAGAUUCGCCACAUGAUAUUGCUCUAUACGAUCUCGGCCAUUCUUACACCUUCACUCCAGACCGUCCCUGUAUCACUAAUGGCACCCGCCGUCUACGACCGCUAAAGCUCGCGGAGAAAGUCGAUUGUCGUAACGCCCAACACACCGUCCUCAAGAUGGUCAAGUCGGAUCAUUUAUUCAAUCACUUUAAACGGCUACAAGGGACGACCGAAGAGGAUCCACGCAAAGCCCUACGCUUUGCCAUUGACCAGAGUUCGCUAGCAACCGAUCUCCCACUUAUUAUCCUUUCCGGUCUUCUCGAGGACGACGGCCCAUUUUUCCCCUCUCUUUCUUCAAUCCUGCCAUUCCUGGAGCCAGCAGCAUCCGGGCGACCAGCGACUUGGACAGUGGCCAUGGCAAACCAGCUCGACCGCUUUGUCGCGCGCAACCGCGACACCGUUCAGGGCGAAGAACUUGGCUUCGCCGACCGCCAUGCUCCAGUCGCCAGCGAGGACACCGCGGACAGAGAAGGCGUGAACGCACGCAGAGCUCAAGAAGGCGCCAAUGACCUUUCCGAUGUCGGCUGGUGA